GUUACUACACACACGUCUCCACGCUGGCCGAUGUUCAGGAGAAUGUCAUGGAGUACCUUCACGUUCUGAGUCGACCAAUGGUCAUCAACCAUGAUCAUGACAUCAUCUGGACAGAGGCUUACAUGGACAGUGCGCUGCCCAACACAGCAGAGCUGUUCAACACCCAGGCUCAGAGCCUGCUCCUCAUGACCUCUGUGGCCAUGCCUGUGUUCAGCAAGAAGAAGGAGACGUUGUCUCAUGGUAUUCUGCUGGGGGUGGUGGGGACUGACGUCCCUCUGAGAGAACUGAUGAGGCUAGUUCCUAGAUACAAGCUGGGUGUCCAUGGUUACGCCUUCCUCAACACCAACAACGGUUAUAUCCUCGCCCACCCUGACCUCCGACCCCUGUAUAAGGAGGGAAAGAAGCUGAAGCCAAAACCUAACUACAACAGUGUUGAUCUGGCUGAGGUGGAGUGGGAGGAUACGGAUGAGACGUUGAGGACUGCCAUGGUAAAAGGAGAGACAGGUGCUCUGUCCUUAGACGUCAGAGCCACUGUAGAGAAAGGGAGGAGAGUCAUGUUCCUGAAGAAUGACUACUUCUACACAACCAUCAACGAGACUCCGUUCAGUCUUGGCAUGGUGCUGACCAGAGGGCACGGAGAAUACAUCUUCAUAGGGAACGUGUCUGUUAGGGAAGGUCUCAAUGACCUGAUGCAGCCAGAUGUGUCCAUCGCAAAUGAGUGGACCUACUGUGAGACAGACAUUGACCCUCACCACCGCAAGCUGACCCAGCUCCAGGCUGUGUUUCGAUACCUCACAGGGAAGGAACCUGAUCUGGAGUGUGAUGAGGAACUGUUGAGACAGACUCUGUUUGAUGCUGUGGUCACAGCCCCCAUGGAGGCUUACUGGACAGCAUUGAUGCUCAACCCAUCUGGUAUGGACGAGGGGGUGGAGACUGCGUUCCUGGGCACCCGGUCUGGUCUGAUGAGGGUCACCAGAUACGUGGGCAUUGAGAAACGUGUUGCCAAACCAAAGGUCUUCUCCAAGAAAUUCCUGUCUCCGUCAGACAAGGAGAACAUCUUUACGAUGGACCACUUCCCCGUGUGGUAUCGCGCUGCAGAGUACCCCGCCGGCAAGUUCCUGUACUACAUCCCCAAAGAGGACACCAGAGAUGCGUCAGGGAGGAUGGUGAUUGCCACCACAGCUGUGACUGUCACCGUGGGCAAGAAGACUGCAGUGGCAGGAGGUAGGAACAAUUAUCUCUUUUACAUCCCUCUGUCUUGUUCUCUCUGUCUUGUUCUCUCUGUCUUGUUCUCUCUGUCUUGUUCUCUCACUCUCUUGUUCUCUCUGUCUUGUUCUCUCUGUCUCUCCCUCGCUCCCUUGUUCUCUCGCUCUCUUGUUCUCUCUGUCUUGUUCUCUCUGUCUCUCCCUCGCUCCCUCGCUCUCUUGCUCCCUCGCUCUCUUGUCACAUGA